CGAAAAAUUUUGAUAAUCAAUACAGCUGUCACCUCUUUAUUUUUGAAGUACAAGUACAAAUUUUGGGUUUGUAUUUCCAUCAAGAAAAAUGGUCGAUUUGCAAUAUAAUAUGCCUCCCGGAUGGGACUGCAAAAAGGAUGAAACUACAGGCAGACAUUAUUUUAUCAACCAUUACACGAGAACAACUACCUGGGAAGACCCAAGAAAUCGCCACAAACCUUUCCAGACCACUCCUAAGCAAAUUUCAGGAGUUCAAACAGAAUAUAUACCAAUGCAGCAUGGGUCCCCCGAUUUAAGAAGAAACUAUGUGUACCCUAGUCAGACCUCUCCUUUACCAGCAUUUCAAAUGCCAGCAUAUAGCCCAAAGAUUAUUCCUCUGCAGGAUAUGAGGCCCCGAAUGAGCCCAUUGACUGUGAGGUCCCCAAAGGUUCAAGAUAGUUCCUUGUCAACAACAACAGAUAUCGACGAAGCAGUAUUGAAAAUUGCUGCAAUGUUCCCAACGGCUUCUGAAAGCCAUAUAAGAUUACUUCUCAGAAAGUAUAACAGCCGCGAAGCUCUUGUUAUAAGCGCCUUGCAGGUGGAAAAGCAUCCAAUCACAACACCAGGGCCUUUUGCAACACCUCCUCCACAAAGAAAUAUACAUCAACCCCCACUAAUGACGCCGCCCCUAGGGUUUCGAGUUAACUCGAGGGGAGGCAGUCCCAUAUUCAGACCCGGAUCGGGUACAAACAGCACCUAUACAGGUUCUCCGAGAAUUGGAGACAGCUUUCAUAGCUCGCCUAGGCCUCAUUCUUCACCAAAAUUGAAACUAAGGUAUAUGAAGUCCGUUUUUCCACAAGCUGACGAAACUGUUAUAUUGGAAAUUCUGCAAAACAACGAUAAUAGUAUUCAGAAAACUUCGGAUGUUCUCAAGGAAAUGGGGUUCAAUAAAAAGGACGCUGUUAAAGUUGCUCAGCAAAAAUUGGAAGCGAAAAAAGAGGAGAAACAAAUCGAAGAAGAAAUUAAGGAAUUAGAGCAGCCCAUUCCGGAGCCCUCAAUAAAAACUGCAGACGAAAAACAAAACAUAAAAAUAUCUCUACAGGAGAAAUAUAAAGACGUGGCAGAACAUUUGAUUUGCAUUGCUUUGGAAAGCGUAAAUUUUGAUGAGAAUAGAGCUAACCAGAUUUUACAAAUUAUGAUACAAGAGGACCAUCAAGCAGCAAGUAUUAAGAACACUGAAGUAAAAGAUGAUGCAGAUAUUCUGGAUGCUCCAUCAACUUCAUGUGCUCCCAAUUUACCAAUAUCUCAGAGCAGACAGUCGAUAAAGUCUUUAUUGAAAACAGAGAAGGAACUGGAAAAAAUCUCGUACUCCAGAGUUAUCGAAGAAAAUGUGGAAAGUUAUAGAUCUCAAUAUUUAUCCAACACGAAAGGACCUAACCCGGAUUGUGCACGGGGGACCAACGAAAGCCUUCUCCUGGAAGAUUACGUUAAAUGGCAAGGGGCUAAUCCCAAUUUGAAAAAAGGAUCUCAGGGUCUCGCCAAAGGCCCAAAUCCAUGUCUUCUCUCAAAUAGAUCUUACCGUCCUUGUGGACCAAAUAAGGAUCUCAGGAAAGGACCUAAAUUCGGCUUAGCUAAAGGAAGUAUUUUCUCUCAAAUGAAAACUGUUGUUGUUGGUCAGUCUCGAGGAAAAUAGCAGAGUAUCUGUAGCAUACUAUAAAACUUGUUGAUGUGACAUUUAUGUACUAAAUAUGUUUCUUAUUAGUUACCUGUCGUUAGUUAGUUAAUGUUUGUCAAAUCUGUCAAGAUACCUGAAACUAUAUAUAGAAAAUCAAAUCAACUUAGUUAUAAAUUAUGAAAUUGAAAAUAUCGUAACUGACCAUAUCUUAGGUAGUGGAAGAAAUUAUUUUGAGUUGAAUGUGUUGUCCACAUAUUUCGUAGAUUGAUAAAAAUGAAACAAGUAUCAUGAGAGAUGAUCAGAAACAUCAGGAAAUGAAAGUUGCAGGUGAACCUUCAUCCUUAAUGGCCCCCAUUGUAUACCUUUUUGAAAAAAAUAACCAAUAGUCCAGUCAUAUUAGUAGUUUGUUCUCGGAAUAAGAGAUGAUGAGCUGUAAACUCGUAAACACCUUCAUUUUGGUGUUCUAAGAGUUGUCUGCAAAAGUCUCAUAAGGUCUUGUGUCUGCGCUGUAAGCUAUUCAAGGUCAAAGGUCGCAAAAAACAGUUUUUAGCGAUUAUCUCUGUUUAUUUAGCUCCAGUGACAUUAAAUAUUGAAAUUUUUUAUACAAAUUGUACAGCAUGGAAUUUGCGACAAAUUUUGUUUGAUUUUUUUUUUCAUACGCCCUACAGUUUUUGAGAUAAAGGGCGGAGAACCCGCAAUGCUCUGCCAUACCCUUUGUAAUGCAAACUCAACCGAAAAUUUCAGUGUAUACCUUGUAUUUAUUUUUAUUCAUUUUAUUGAUAUGGUAGCAGCUCAAAAGCUGAUAUGAAUGUAUAAAGAAUCACAUAGCUCAUAAUCUUUGCACAUAAUUCUCAUUUUAGCAACCGUUUCAUUAAUAUAAUAGUAUAAUUCAUAUAAUUUCAGAUUAUAACUUCUAUGCGGCUAGCAAUAUUGUAAUAAUGGUAUAAAAAGUGUAUUACGAAUACAACAGUCUUUCUGAGGAUAAUGUCUGAUACAAUAUAUCAAUGAUCACAGCGAUAUAACAGAGCAUACAGGUAUGAAUCUAGUCCGGUUUUAAACAGUUCAAUAGUGCCGGAUUUCACAUAGACGGAUGGAAGGCCGUUCCAGAUGUUUACUGUUCUCUUUGUGAGGAAAUAAGUCUUCACAUUCAUUUGUGUCUGUUCAGUCCUCAUUUUCCGUUUAUGGCCCCUCAGUCUAGAGUUUUCCACAACUUUCGGGACUUCGCAAAUCCCUGGUAAACUGUGCAGGUUGUUCAUCAUCUUGUACAUUUCGAUCAGGUCAUUAUGCAGUCUCCUCUGUUAUAUUUAUGAAAUAUUAUUAACAAUAAACAAUUUUUAUGAUGAAUGCUAACAUCAUUGGAGCCAUAGAAACCGAGAUAAUUGCAAAAAGCUGAUUUUUGUGACUUUUGCCCUUGAAUAACUUCCGGCGCAGACACGAGAUUUAUUGAGACUUUUGAAACACCAGAAUGAAGGUAUUUACAAAAUUACAGCUUAUGAUCUCUCAUUCCCGGAUUGACCUUUUUUUGCAUAUGUGGCGGGACUAUAAUUAAAUGACACAGUAUUUUAACAAUCAUAUCAUUUAUAUAGUUAUGAAAAUGUUAUUAUUAAACAAAUUGUCAUGCGUCAAACAUAUCAGGAACCAGGAAAAUAAGCUAUUUAAUUUUUUCUUCAUUAAGUGAG